AUGCAUCACGGAAAGCACUUUCGCCGCCUCAACAGGACAAUGUCCCAUCGCAAGUCGAUGCUCCGCAACCUUGUCACACAACUGAUUCAGCAUGAUCGCAUCAAGACUACCCUCCCCAAGGCUCGGGAGCUCAAGGCUAUUGCCGAUCAGAUGAUCACCCUCGGAAAGCGCGGAGAUUUGCACGCCAAGGUUCAGGCCGCUUCCUUCCUCCGGGAGCACGAAGUGACAUUGCCAAAGUUGUUCGGCCCCCUCGCAGAACGAUUCAAGUCCAGGAAGGGCGGCUACACCCGCAUCCACAAGAUGGGCAACCGGUUCGGCGACAAUGCCCCCGUGGCCGUGAUCGAACUCAUCGAUGGACCCGGUGAUUUGAAGAACCAGGUCUUGUUCAAGACUUUGGCACGACAUGAGGCCGCCAAGUCUGGAUCCAUCAAGGAGAUUGUCGAGGCUCUUUCUACAAAGGAGUCAGGAUCAGUAACGUCAACAGGAUUGAAGAAUAAGGCUAUUGCUCGUCAUGUGCCUAAGGUCUUGUCGUCGAAUAAGUGGGAGUUGGCUGAUUUGGAGCGUAAGGUUGCCGAGUUUUCGAUUCAGGGAGGUGGCAAGCGGGGAAAGAUCUUUGAUGCUACCGAGACCAAGGCAUAA